UUAAGGGAACGUGGCUUUUCCCCGCAGCGCCCGUCUUAGCGUCUGCGUCUCCGCUGCGGCGGCCGGAGCUGGAGUCGGACCCCGAGCGCAGCGUCGCCAUGGACUCGGCCCUCAGCGACCCGCACAACGGCAGCGCGGAGGGAGGCGGCGCAGCCAACGGCACGACGCGGCCGCCUUCCACGCCCGAGGGCAUCGCGCUGGCCUACGGCAGCCUCCUGCUCAUGGCGCUGCUGCCCAUCUUCUUCGGUGCCCUGCGCUCGGUGCGCUGCGCCCGCGGCAAGAACGCCUCGGACAUGCCGGAGACUAUCACCAGCCGGGACGCCGCCCGCUUCCCCAUCAUCGCCAGCUGCACGCUCUUGGGGCUCUAUCUCUUUUUCAAAGUUUAUUUUCCCAAUAAAAGUUACACAGGCUCAGUGUUGAAAACGUGGAAAACACAGAAAAGUAAAAAGGGGAAAACAGCAGUCAUCCAAAACCCCACUACCAGAGACAAUCACAGAUUCCCUUUGGAGAUAUUCUCCCAGGAGUACAUCAACCUCUUGCUGUCCAUGUAUUUCUUCGUGCUGGGGAUCCUGGCCCUGUCCCACACCAUCAGCCCCUUCAUGAAUAAGUUUUUUCCAGCCAACUUUCCAAAUCGACAGUACCAGCUGCUCUUCACACAGGGCUCUGGGGAGAACAAGGAAGAGAUCAUCAAUUAUGAAUUUGACGCCAAGGACCUGGUAUGCCUGGGCCUGAGCAGCAUCGUUGGCGUCUGGUACCUGCUGAGGAAGCACUGGAUUGCCAACAAUCUCUUUGGCCUGGCCUUCUCCCUCAACGGGGUGGAGCUCUUGCACCUGAACAACGUGAGCACCGGCUGCAUCCUGCUGGGUGGACUCUUCAUCUACGAUGUCUUCUGGGUAUUUGGCACCAACGUGAUGGUGACAGUGGCCAAGUCCUUUGAGGCACCAAUAAAAUUGGUGUUUCCCCAGGACCUGCUGGAGAAGGGCCUAGAAGCGGACAACUUUGCCAUGCUGGGACUCGGAGAUAUCGUCAUUCCUGGGAUCUUCAUUGCCUUGCUGCUACGGUUUGACAUCAGCUUAAAGAAGAACACUCACACCUACUUCUACACCAGCUUUGCAGCCUACAUCUUCGGCCUGGGCCUCACCAUCUUCAUCAUGCACAUCUUCAAGCAUGCCCAGCCUGCCCUCUUGUACCUGGUCCCCGCCUGCAUUGGCUUUCCUGUCCUGGUGGCACUGGCGAAGGGGGAAGUGACGGAGAUGUUCAGCUACGAGUCCUCGGCGGAAAUCCUGCCUCACACCCCGAGGCUCACCCACUUCCCCACAGUCUCGGGCUCCCCCGCCAGCCUGGCCGACUCCAUGCAGCAGAAGCUAGCUGGCCCUCGCCGCCGGCGCCCGCAGAAUCCCAGCGCCAUUGGAAGGUCCAAGAAGCUUAAAGUUAAUCCACCCAAGCCCAACCUCUCCUCCAUCUGCCGCUGCCCUCCACUACCUCUUGGCACCACCAGGCACAGAAAAAGGAGAGCAACCUGUCUGAGAAGGGCAUACGGUGGGGCCGGGGCCAAGCCUGGAAGAUGCUGGGCCGUGAAUGCCAGUUAUGAGGAGUCAAAUCCUAAGGAUGCAGCAGCAGUGACAGAGGGAUCCAAAGAGGGAACAGAGGCCUUGGCAUCGAAGGGGCUGGAGAAGAAGGAGAAAUGAUACAGCUGGGGCCUGACCCUCUGAGGGCCAGGCCAGGCAGGCGGAGGCAGGCCAGUACAGGCCUGCACGGGCAGAGGGCGCCGGAGGCCGAGGGUGCGGGAGGCUGGGCAGCUCCAGCAGAGGGGCGGGGGCAACAGGAUCCCUCCUGCGGGGACUCCCAUGGCCUGGUUCCCUCAUCCCCCUUCUCUGGCCUUCCUCUGCCCCUUCUCAUCCCCUGCAGGCAAAAGAAGCCCCAACUCCCCCACCCUCCCAGAUGCCAGGCGGGAAAAGUGGGUCUGAUUUUUAGAUUUUUGUAUUGUGGACUGACUUUGCCUUACAUUAAAAAUUCAUCCCAGGAUCCCCUGGGUAGCUCA